GGGAUCAUCUUAGCGCCAUAAAGAUUAUUUAGAGGGAGAUAACUUCAAUUGCAUCUUGGCGAUGUUUGUCUGGAAUUGGCGAAUCUUUUAUAAUUACUUUUGAAAAGUAAAAAGUUUCUGUUUGGCUGUGAUUUUUCAGAAAUGUCGAAACCUCAGUUUACGAUGUUGGACCAGUCUAUGUCCACCUUACAUGCUGUCAACAACAACAUGUCUGCUGAAAUAGAAUCUGUAUUCGACUGUGCACAAGAUUUAAUUGAGCAAAGUACAGCUAAUAACACUAAAGAAAUUGAUGAAAUGAAAAAGAUAAUGCACAAAUAUAUUGAAAUGGAACGAGAGUUGAAACAUUAUCAAACUGCUAUUAAAAAUGUCAAGGAAGUGGGAAAUACAACAGAAAAUGACGAAGAUAUUGAUUAUUUGUCGUGUUUAAAAGAAAAUUUAGAGAAAUUGCAAACUAAAAACUCCGAAGAUGAUAUCACUAAACAUGAAAAAUAUGUGAAACUUUCUGAACUUUACCAACAGGAAGAAAAGAAACUCAGUGCUCAAUCAUCGGAAAAUAUGGAUGAGGAAAUAGCAAUAACUCAGCAAGAACAAAAUACUCGAUGUGUAAUAACAGGAAAAGAAAUGGUAGACCCUGUCCGCAAUACUGUCUGUGGCCACAGUUACGACCGGAAAGGAAUUGAACAUUAUCUUCAGACACGGCCAAAUGGAAGGUGUCCAGUGUCAGCUUGUUCGAAUGCAGAACUACUCCAAAAAUGCAACCUUGAGGAAAAUAAAGAAUUAAAACGAUUUAUUGAAAGGAAAAAUAGGCAGAAAGCAAAACAUCGAAAUAACCCAAAGGAAUCUAUUUUGUUAUGAACAACUUUGAACUUUUCAUUUGUAAUCCCAUUUCAUUAUAAAAUAAAACAUUUAUUUCAUCUCAA